GAGGGGCGGGCUUCGACCGGGGCCCUCGGAUCGGCAGGUGCGAUGAGCUUGUCGAUGCCUUUUUCGUCGCAGGCCGGGUCUCCGGGGUUGGCCCCGAAUGACUCCCCUCGAUUGGCGGGGGAGCGCCCUUGGAGCGGGACGGUGGGGUGCCCGGGAGGGCCUGUGGCCGGGGGGACCGACGGCCGGAGAGAAAUGAGAAUAAUCCGGGGCAACCCGGCCGAAAAGAAGGGCUAGUCGCCAGCCCUCUCGGCGGCCGAAAAGCCCGGCCCGAUGAACGUGAAAACGGGGGAGAGGGGGCGGCCGAGGCAGAGAGGAGGGGGUAGGAAUGACCCCAGAGGAAGCAGGCUUUGAAGCCGAACCUCCGCAUCGAAUAGUGAUAAUCAUAAAAACGCCUAGGUAUUUUUUUUCUUCCGAGGGACACCGGCAGGCUCGGAGUUCCACUUGUCAGGAUUCUGCUUUUUUUCCACCGAUCUAACAGACCUGGAGCCAGCAAGACUCAGAGGAAAGGACUUAAUCAGGUUUAUGUGUACUCAAGGUUAUGAAGACAGCAUGGAGUUCCCAGACCACAGCCGCCAUUUGCUCCAGUGCCUGAGCGAGCAGCGACACCAGGGUUUCCUCUGCGACUGCACCGUCCUGGUGGGAGAUGCCCGGUUCCGGGCUCACCGCGCGGUCCUGGCUUCGUGCAGCAUGUACUUCCACCUCUUCUACAAGGACCAGCUGGACAAAAGGGACAUUGUUCAUCUGAACAGCGACAUCGUCACGGGCCCGGCCUUCGCCCUGCUGCUGGAGUUCAUGUACGAGGGGAAGCUCCAGUUCAAAGACCUGCCCGUGGAAGACGUCCUGGCGGCGGCCAGCUACCUGCACAUGUACGACAUCGUCAAGGUGUGCAAGAAGAAGCUGAAGGAGAAGGCGGGCCCGGAGGGGGACGGCGCGAAGAAGGAAGAGGACGCCUCGAGCUGCUCGGAGAAGGUGGAGAGCCUGUCGGACGGCGGGAGCAGCAGCGGCAGCAGCGGCGGCGGCGGCCGCACGGCCGGGGACCUGGCCAGCGACGAAGAGGACGGCGAAGACGAGAAGCCGCCCCUGCUGGCGGGCAAGCGGGACCCGGCGGGCGAGGCCGGGCCCGUGUGGAUGCGGCUGCCGCCCCCGGACCCGGCGGGCCCGCCCCAGGCCGGGGCCGAGGCGGAGCCGCCCGGGAAAACGCCGCCGGCCGCCGGCAGCCCCUGCAGCUCGACCGACUCUUUGUCCCAGAGGUCUGUCACCUCCGUGAGGGGUUCAGCCGAUGUUGACUGUGUGCUGGACCUGUCUGUCAAGUCCAGUCUUUCAGGAGUUGAGAAUCUGAACAGCUCUUAUUUCUCUUCACAGGACGUGCUGAGAAACAGCCUGGUGCAGGUGAAGGUGGAGAAAGAGGCCUCCUGUGAUGAGAGCGAUGUGGGCCCCAAUGACUAUGACAUGGAGCCCGGCGCCGGCAAAGAGAGCGGGAGCGCUCCCGGCGGCCGGGGCCCCUACGAGCCGGCCCACCUGGCCCCCAUGCGGGAGGACACGGUCCUGAGGGAGCUCGAGCGCGAGGACCGAGCCAGCGACGACGAGCUGAUGGCGCCCGAGGCGGAGCGGGGCCCCGCGGAGGGGAGCCUGGACGGGGGCCUGCUCCCCUACGUGUCCAACAUCCUCAGCCCGGCGGGCCAGAUCUUCAUGUGCCCUCUGUGCAACAAGGUCUUCCCCAGCCCGCACAUCCUGCAGAUCCACCUGAGCACCCACUUCCGGGAGCAGGACGGCCUCCGCGGCAAGCCGGCCGCCGACGUCAACGUGCCCACCUGCUCCCUCUGCGGCAAGACGUUCUCCUGCAUGUACACCCUGAAGCGCCACGAGCGGACUCACUCGGGCGAGAAGCCCUACACCUGCACCCAGUGCGGGAAGAGCUUCCAGUACUCGCACAACCUCAGCCGCCACGCCGUAGUACACACGCGCGAGAAGCCCCACGCCUGCAAGUGGUGCGAGCGCAGGUUCACCCAGUCCGGGGACCUUUACAGGCACAUCCGCAAGUUCCACUGCGAGCUGGUGAACUCCUUGUCCGUCAAGAGCGAAGCGCUCAGCUUGCCCGCCGUCAGGGACUGGACCUUAGAAGAUAGCUCUCAAGAACUCUGGAAGUAAUCGACCGAGAUAUCGGCCGGGGGCGGGGGGGGUGGGUGGCUUGGGGGUGGCGGUCGGGCGUUUGGGGGUGGUGCGGGUGUGUGUCCGGGGGCGGGUAUAUAUACAUAUAUAUAUAUAUCUAUAUAUAUGUAUGUAUCUAUCUGGCCGUAGAUACCUAUGUAUGAUAUAUAUAUAUAUAUAUGUGUGUAUAUCACAUAUCGUCGUGGUACGGUCUAAAAGCAGUCUCCUUUCCUCAGACUCAAAAGUCGGGACGUCCGCUGGGUUUUUGGGUUGGAUUUUUGUUUUGUUUCGUUGAGUUGUUUGGUUUGGUUCUUUUGUUUUGGGCACUUUAGAGAGAGCAUGAAAAUCUCCCCCAUUUAGGCUCCCAGAAGAGAGUCUGUAGGGCCGAGGCGGAGAGUACGGAGGUGGUCUUCCCCCGGAGGUGGAAGGGGGGAAGGGGGGGUCUGGCGAAAUGAGCCUUUUAAAUAGGUCCUCCCAUCGCCGGACGCGCGGGGAUGGUUUGAUUUCGCCGAUGCUGCGUUGGAUUCGGAGCUCUGUGGGGAUUUUUUUAGUGGGGGGGGUCGUCUCUCUUUUUUUUUUCUCUCCCUCUCCCCUCCUCCCCUCUUCCCCCCCCCUUGUAGAAAUCUCCCCCCAUCUCUAUUAAGCCUCUCUACCACUUCUGAAAUCGCAUGACCCCUUUCUGGCUGUUGGAAACUUGAAUGCUUUUAGACCCAAAUGGGGGAGGGAAAAAAAUUCUGAAAUGCUGGAUUAUCUAUUUUUAAACAAGCAGUUGACUUUAAAAAAACGAAACAAAAAAAAAAAAACAAAAAAAAACUUUCUGUGGCAACUUCUGGUUUUCUGACAGUUCCCACUGGAAACCGUUCUGAACGAACACUGGGAUCCCGGGACCCUUGUCUCUUGUGAAGGUUUGCUUGGGAUGAAAAAGGGUAUUGCAGCUUCAGCGGUGUUGAACUGUGUGUUUAAAAAUGUGAAUUACUGUUAUUGUAUACUGUAAUUGAUUACGUGGGCCGGGUUGGGGUGGGGUGGGGGGUGGUGUCAAGGAAAUUGACAGGUUGUGUUGAUGCUCUUAGUUGAGUCUUGAGAAGUAAAUAUUAACGCUACAGAAAUGCAUGAGUUUCGAUAUAUUUUUGUCUUUGUUUGCAUUGUAUAACUUUAACGAGUGAGUUUAAGAUUAUUUAAUUUCCUUAGGAAAAAUAGCACCACUUGAGAAAACUGGUGUUAAGAAGAACUGAAAUGCACUGUUUUAUUUUAUUUUAUAUAAUUUAAAUUGACUUUCCACUGUCUUUAGAUUGAAGCUGUUAAGCUGAAUAAAAAUUAAGCUUCGAGUUGAUAACUUAGCUACAUAACAAGGAAAAUAUAAAUGUUUACAGACAGCUUAAAGAUUUGCAUGUGCAGUGUGCAUUUAUAACGAACUUCUAAUUGCACAAAACCCAUGCCAGCUCAAAGUUUAGGUGUGUAUACAUUUACCCAGUUGAGCAUCUUUAGAAUUACUACUGCACAAAUUGACAAUAGGUCAUUCUUAUUCUCUCUCCCCCUUUUUUUUUUUUUUGGUCCCCCUUCCUCUUCCCUUCACCGCCCCCCCCCCCACCUCCUCUCUUCCCCUCCCAGUUCCCCCACCCCCCUCCAUUCUCCUCCCAACCCAUGAAAAGAUUCUAUGGACUGAAAAAGCCCCAGGCUGAAAGGACUGGAAAGCCUUGAUUGACAUGGGGGGGUGGGGGGGGAGAGAAGAGGGGGAUUUGGGGAGGGGGGGGAGUUAGUAGACUUUGUGUAUCCAAGCAGCAGAGGCUGCAGCCUGACGUGUGGUUAUAAUGACCAACACACGGGGCGAAAGCAUUUUGCACAGUGUUUGUUUUCCUGUCUUGCACUUACAAAUAAGGUCUAUGGGAGUAGCAUGGAAAACGUUUGCUGUUUUUCCCUUUAUUUUAUUUUUUUUUCUUUUGUUUCAAAUUUGAUCGCCUUAACUACUGUAAACAUAGCCUAUUUUUGUGCUUAAGAUACUGAAUGGAAAACUCCAUUGUGUGUUGCUGGGCUGUUUGGAAAUAUUUGGUCAAAUGUGUGUUAAUUUGGCUGUAAUGGCAUUUAAAGCAAACAAAAAAGCUGUGAAAAUAGCCUUGAGCAUUAUCUUUAGUUACUUGAAGAGAUUCUAGUUUUGUUUGUUUUUUUUUAAAUACAGUUUAAGAUAAGUUUUUAUUAAUUUAGAAAAGACAAUCAGUGUCUGUGAGAAACGGACUUUUCUUUUGGAUUUUUUUGUGGUCCUUGUGAGUGAUUGCUUUUUCCUCCUUUAUUAGUUUCACAUUCUUCCUUUGUUCUAAAACUUAGACUGACAUCUAGCUUUGACAAUCAUAGUAUGUUUUAUUUUCCUGAGGGGGGAAUAACUUAUAAUGCUGUUUAGUUUUGUACUAUUGGUGUGUUGGUGAAUUUUUAAACUGUGUGCUAACUGCAAUAAAUUAUACGAACUGAGAAGUGAA